CUUCGCCCUAUGUGGCCCCGUCUUGACGUGAGAUAUGCUGACUCAGCUAUCUUAUUUGGACGCACGGGCCCUUGUCGCUGGACGCAGCAGGUACGUGAGCAGCUGGCGCCUUGCAUUUCAGCCGGGCCUAUUCCAACAUCAGAAGCUCAUGCAACUUUCGAACCCGCCAUCCUGAUAUUUGCGACCGGCCGAAUCCGAAGAUACCCCAACGCUCCUUCCAUGAUUGACUGUUAUACGUACAUCUAGUUACCGCGGUCGCCCAUCACAAGCUUCUCUCCAUCAUCAUGGCGGACACUCCUCUGAAGCCCGAGAAGGACCUCAGCAAGGAGGCUGACAAACAGAUCAGCGAGGCCGAGACGCUCGCCAAGAAUGACAUCACAGCCGCAAUCGAGAAGCUCACAGUGUUCGAGAAGCAAACCCGACAAGCAUCGGAUCUUGCGUCUACAUCACGAAUCCUCAUCACGAUAUGCAAAAUCUGCAAAGAUGCCGGCAAUUGGAACCUACUCAACGACCAAGUCUUGGUGUUGUCCAAGAAGCAUGGCCAGCUCAAACAAGCCAUCACCCGCAUGGUUCAGACGGUCAUGGACUUCAUCGAUGACACCCCAAACAUGAACACCAAGAUGACCGUUAUCGAGACGCUGAGGAUCGUAACAGAGGGCAAGAUCUUCGUUGAGGUGGAACGAGCUCGCGUGACUAGGAUCCUUUCCGACAUCAAGAAGCAGCAAGGAGAUCUCCAGGGAGCAGCCGACAUCUUGUGUGAGUUGCAAGUCGAGACCUUUGGGUCCAUGGACAGACGAGAAAAGACGGAGUUCAUCUUGGCCCAGGUGGCCCUCUGCAUUGAGAACAACGACUGGACGCAGGCAGGCAUUCUCAGCCGCAAGAUCAGCACCCGUUACCUCUCGCGAAAACCGAAGAAGACACCCGAGCAGCUGGAGAAGGAGAAGAAAGACCGCGAAGACCGACGCAAACGGGGAGAAGAGGUUCCCGAGGAGAAGGAAGACGACGUCACAGAUCUCAAGUUGGCAUACUACGAGCAACAGAUCCUCUUGGCGAAGCAUGAUGACAAAUACCUGGAUGCGUGCAAGCACUACAGACAGGUUCUGGACACAGAAGCUGUAGAGAACAAUGCUGUCAGGCUUCAAGCGACCUUGCAGCGGAUCAUCUACUUUAUCAUCCUUGCACCCCACGACAACGAGCAACACGAUUUGCUUCAGCGAGUCUUCCGCGACACUCGAAAUGCGCAAGUUCCUAAUGACGCUGCGCUGCUUAAGUUGUUCACCGUCCACGAGCUGAUGCGCUGGCCCGAGGUGGCUAAGGUGUUUGGACCACAUCUGUGCGCUACCGACAUCUUCGACGGUGCCCCCAAUGCCAGUGACGAGAAAGCACACCAGAGAUGGCAAGGUCUUCGGAAGCGUGUCAUUGAACACAAUGUGCGUGUUGUGGCCAAGUAUUACACCCGCAUUGGUAUGAAGCGCCUGACUCAAUUGCUCGAUCUCACGCCGGACGAAACGGAGAAGUACAUCUCGGAGCUGGUGUGCUCCAAGACCGUGUUUGCACGUAUCGACCGACCCGCCCAGAUUGUGAGCUUUGCCAAGCCAAGGGAUGUUGAUGACAUCUUGAACGAGUGGAGCCACAACAUGAAGGACCUUCUCAACCUCCUCGAGCGUGUCGAUCAUCUCAUUACCAAGGAGGAAAUGAUGGCACGCAUCCAACCUGGAGCGCAGGAGAAGGAUGGCAAGGAGAAGAAGAAGAAGGGCAAGAAGAGCAAGGCGUAAACGGGUGCACGGCUUAAUUGACGAGUAACUCAUCCGGAGGUAGGCCUGGCAUGGCCUAAUCGGCUCGAGACACAAACACGGGUUUGCAUUAUAGCAUGCAGAGUGUAUACUAUUAAAUCAUUAGACCAGGGGCAAUAUGCCGUGUAAAACUGGAUGGCCUACCCCUAUCACAUAUGCUUCCAUCUAUGUUGGUUGGCGCAUCAUCUUCUUGCCUUGAGGCCGAAAUGUGACUUUUCGUGAAGUUGCCAUUGCGAGCUGCUCCAUCCAAUUACCAAGGUAGACCCGAGAUACACCAUGCACCUUUAUCUUCGAACCACUG